AUGAAAAAAAAUAAUAAGAAAAAAUCGGAUCCGAAAGUCAAAGUAAAUCCUUGUUCAAAUGAUCGUUAUUAUAUGGAUUAAUCUAUUGAUGAAGAAGUCUACAUUAAAAACAACUAUAAAGUCGUCAGAGAAUUGGGUAGAGGAGGUUACGGAGUUGUUUAUAAAGCGGUCGGAUUGAAUCAAGGCCAAAUCGAUAAAAACAAAAAAUAUGCCAUCAAGGUAAAUUUUUCUACUGUGUCUCCAGAGCUAAUAUUUGCUGAAAUCGGAUUUUUGAAAUUAAUUUAUGGCAAAGAAAAUAUGCCCCAAUUGGUUAAUCUGUUUCUUAUUGAUCAAAAAAUAUAUAUCGUUAUUGAGUACUUUACAUACAAACCAUUCAUUACCUUCUUUGCUACUUUUGAUAUGAUGGAAAUUAGACGAUACUUAUAUGAAUUACUUAAAGCGUUAAAUGUGUUGAAAUAGAAUGGAAUUUACCAUCGUGAUGUUAAACCAGGAAACUUUCUCUACAAUCCAAAGACAGGCAAAGGAAUCCUUAUCGAUUAUGGCCUAAGCGAAAUUGAUAGAUCCUUCGUAGCUAAAUUGAUAGAAAAGGAGAAAGAAUUGUCAAAGAAGCAUCCUCAAUCUGACGAAGUUUAGGAAAUCAGAAGAAAAAUUAAUUUGUAUAACGAAAUCUAAAAAACUAUAGAUUAAAUUGGAAAUAAUAAAAUUGGCACAGAGAGUUUUAUGCCUUUAGAGAGCAUAUUGCAUUACCAUGACCAGUCAUAUGAAGUGGAUAUGUGGGCUGUAGGAGUAAUAUUCCUACAAUUUUUGACUAAAAAGUACAAUUUAUUCAGUAAUGUUCGAAUGAUCAACAAGCCAGUUGUGACUAAAAACUUUUUUUAUGUCAAUUUUAUACUAGAACUGGCUAGCUUGUUUGGUUCAGAAUAAGUUAAAUAGAUAUGUGAACAAUUUGAAUAUGAUCUCAAAUUGCCUUCAGUUGUUGCAACCAAGCCGGUGUAAUGGAAAUCAAUAAUACACAUUGAUGGAUUUGAUAGCGAUGCUGAAGAUUUGCUCUCAAGAUUGCUUAGUUUGAAUCCAAAACAGAGAAUCAAAGUUGAAGAUGGAUUGAAACAUCCCUUUUUCAAGCCUUUAUUAGAAUAAGAAAAACAAACAUAAACAAAUUUUUAGGAUGAUUAAGAAAUAAAACAAUAAAAACUUUAAGAAAAUUGA